GUUUUUUUUAGCUUCUUCUGGCUACUGCGCAUGCGCAUGCGCAUAUCUCCUCAACAAGGGGGGCUGUUGCCGCUACUUAACCAGCAAGCUGACAAGCUCAUUUUCAUUAAGAGCGGGACUUGUAAACAGACGCCAUGUUGAGCGUUAAGAGCUUUCCCACUCAUUCUCCAACCUGUGACCCGUCACCUCCUCCGCUCCUGAAGCUUCACUCCCCUCUCCAUUUCAGUAGGGGGCAGUAAUGCUCCUCAAGCUGGUCAGUGAACCGCCACCAUCCGUUUCAAGGAAGACGAAGCAGCAGCACGAUGGCGGCGCCCGCUGCUGUCGGUGUGCCGGUGUCUGAGCAGAGAAUGAGCGAGUCCGCAGACGGACCGAACUGCAAGGACGGACAAAAACGACCACAGUUCGGGACUCGCUUCCUCACAGACCCCCGACAGGUCUUUCAGCACAAUGCCUGGGAUAAUGUGGAGUGGUCCAAGGAGCAGGAGGAGGCCGCUGAGAAGAAAGUACAGGAGAACAACCAGCCUCUACCAGCAGAGAAACAAGAAGAGUUUGACAGGAAAGCUAACGAGUACUGGAAUGCCUUCUACACUAUCCAUGAGAACCGCUUCUUUAAGGACCGCCACUGGCUCUUCACUGAGUUCCCUGAGCUCGCCCCUCAGCAUAAGGAACCCAACAGCUCAGCAGAGCAGACUUCAAAUGAACCCAGAGAAAGUGCAUCAAACCUGGAAAUAAAUGGUGAAGAGAGCCCAGCUCUGCACAUAGAAGAAACAGCGUUUCCUGGAGCCUCAGCUUCCUAUCGUAUUAUGGAGGUUGGCUGUGGAGUUGGCAAUACAGUCUUCCCAAUUCUCAAGACCAACAAUGAUCCAGGUCUUUUUGUGUACUGCUGUGAUUUUUCCAGCACAGCUGUUGACCUAGUCAAGUCUAAUCCGGAGUAUGACCCAUCUCGCUGUCACGCCUUCGUUCAUGACUUGAGUGAUGUCACGGAUGUGUAUCCAAUGCCAGAGCAGAGCCUCGAUGUCAUCGUCCUUAUAUUCGUCCUCUCCGCUCUGCAUCCUGACAAGAUGCAGAGUUCUAUCAGUAGACUCGCUCGGUUGCUCAAACCAGGGGGAGUUCUCUUACUGCGGGACUAUGGACGCUACGACAUGGCCCAGCUUCGUUUUAAAAAAGGAAGGUGCUUAUCUGAAAAUUUCUACGUCAGAGGAGAUGGAACACGGGUCUAUUUUUUCACUCAGGAAGAGCUGCAUGAGCUGUUUGUUGGAGCUGGACUGGAGAAGGUGCAGAACCUGGUGGACCGGCGCCUCCAGGUGAACAGAGGAAAGCAGCUGACCAUGUACAGAGUGUGGGUGCAGUGCAAGUACCGCAAGAACCAAACGCCUUCACAAGAACCUGCAGCUCAGGACUGAGACAAGAAGUUAGCACCAUGCUCCAGCUGGACUGAGGGAAACCUGAUAAGUUGACAGAAACCAUCAGAAACAGAUUUAGCAAACACAAGAACUUAAGAUGCAAAGUAGGGACAGGAGAAGAGAAUGGUGAAAACUAAUGUGACUGGAGGGUGUCAGUGACUUCCUGUCAUGGUUUCUAUGCUCAUGUUGUUCAUCACUGGAACACAGAAUGUCCUGAGUAAUGCAGAAGAUGAAUCAGCAAGUUGAAGAAUGUGGAGGAAGGGCUUUAAAUCCAUUCAUUCCUUAGUGCCCACUGGCCACAAUGGACAAAUGGCAAGGUUUCUUGCUUUUAAAACAUCUUAAAUAUUUUUACCUAAAUUUAUAUCUUAAAUAAAAGAUGGCAUGCUUUUAACAGAA